AUGUGAAAAAAAGGCAUAGCCAUUUGUUUUUGCAAAGAAAGGAAGAAAGAAAUUUUCUCACUAACAACACACACACACAAAAGAAGAAUGGCGUUCUAUGGCGAUGAAGAUGAUCUAUGGAAAUGUCCAAAACACCCUUCUAAACGGCGGAGGAUCGGAAUUUGUCCUCUCUGUCUCCGUGACCGUCUCGUCACUCUCUGUCCCGAUUGUGCCAACGUCCGCCCUUGUAAUUGUUGCGCUACAACCAAUACUACCACCACUUCUUCAUCAUCAUCAUCAUCUUCUUCUUUCUCUCGUUUCUCCUCUGCCGAUCUCGGAUCCGUCGGCCGUCUCUCCAAUCUCAUCGACGGUGAACCGGCUUUCCGUCGUUCUCGCUCUCUCGCGGCGAUUCCGUUUCUAAGAUCGCGAUUUGUUGCUGAUUCUGGGGAUGAUUGUUCCUCGUCUGGUAAUAGUGCUAGAACGUCCUCGUUUUGGUCGAUUUUCAAGUCGAAGAGUAAGAAGAGGAACGACGGUGGAAGAAUGGAAGCCGCGGUGGAAAUUGAUUUCAGACGGAGAGCGAAGGAAGUUGCGGAAGUUGAAGAGGCUAUGAGACGGAAGUUGAUGAUCCGCUCGAGAUCGGUUGCGGUUGCGGAUUCCGGUGGGAGAAUUGUCCGGCCACCGGUGAAAGCUAAGACCUGGUAUUUUCCGAGUCCCAUCAAAGCAUUCCGGCAAUCGAAGCUACCUAAACCCGUUCUCACGGAACGGUCUCCGUUACACAGAGGUUGAAUUUUGAAUUUAUUAUUAUUUUCUUUUUUUUCUCUUCUAAUUUUUCAAAUUUCGAAUUGAAAAGUUAAAAUCCGAAAGGAAAAAAAAAAUAUUCAAAGAAAGACGAAGGUGAAAUUUAAGAAUAUUUGCACAUUAUUAUUAUUAUUAUUAUCAAUAUUAUAAUUUAUAAUUUUAUUAUUGUAAAUGGUGGUGUAAAUUAUGAAUAUUUAAUUAAGGUGUAAAUGUGGAAUUUUAGAAAGAUGCGGGGCCAAAAAUAGUAAAAUGAAUAAAUAGGAGGGGCCAAGAAUAGCAAAUUUGGAGAUAUUGAUUUUUGAUAAAGGAAAGAAAAAAGUGUCAAUUAUUGAAAGAAAUUGGGAUAUCAAUUCCUCAUCUCAUUCAAAUCAAAUGGGACAUUACAAUAUAUUUGAUUUGGUGA